AUCUCUGAAACUCUCUGCCACAGAGGGUAGUUGAGGCCAGUUCAUUGGCUAUAUUUAAGAGGGAGUUAGAUGUGGCCCUUGUGGCUAAGGGGAUUAGGGGGUAUGGAGAGAAGGCAGGUAUGGGAUACUGAGUUGGAUGAUCAGCCAUGAUCAUAUUGAAUGGCGGUGCAGGCUCAAAGGGCCGAAUGGCCUACUCCUGCACCUAAUUUCUAUGUUUCUAUGUCUCCGCAUGCAAUGUAGGCCACUCGGCCCAUCUGGUCACUCACUGUCAGUUUUGUCUUCUGUUGACUUUUUGGAAUGUUCUUGUAUUUCUUCCUGUUUAAGAAGGUACUGCAGAUACUGCAAAACCAAAGGUAGACAAAAUGCUGGAGAAACUCAGCGGGUGGAGCAGCAUCUAUGGAGCGAAGGAAAUAGGUGGCAUUUUGUGUCGAGACCCUUUUUCAGACGGCAAGUGACAACAUAUGUCAUGCUGUCAUUUGAGGUCGGAGCACCAAGGCAAAUUCCUUGUAUGUGAUUAGGUGGUCAAUAAACGUAUUCAAACUCAAACUUAAUUGGUUCGUGAGUCUGAUAGUUCCAACAUUCGGCACUUGUGAGUGUAAUGAUUUUUAAUGGUAUCGACGAGAGAGGUCGCUGUGUUAAAUUGACUGCACACUCUCCACAUACAAGGACCAAGUGACUGUUGUCCAUUGGGGAACGCUGAGCUGGUGAUUACAGAUCAUGUCCAUGGCGCCGACUUUACCCAGAAAUCUCCGCGCCCCAGAACUCACCCUAUGUUGCAGGCGAUACCUAGCGCGCAGGCGCGGAGAACCCGGAAAUGGUGCUGCCAAGGCGCGCAUGCGGUCCGUGGACCAAAAGACUCCGGAGGAUCGGCGGCGGGUAGGAGCGGGGAUCCGGGCGCGGGAUCAGUCAGCACCGAGGCCCCGGCCUGAGGAGCGGCCCCCGGCUGCGGGGAGAAUCGGUGCGGUCCCCGGCGGCGUGAGCGCAUCGAAUGCACGGAUUGACCGGUGAGAGGAAGGGUCCCGACCCGGACAGAUCUUUACCUGUUAAUUUAUGGUCAACUCUUUUUACAGGGUAGAAGAAGCAGAGGAUUGAUGUUCAGGAAUCUCUAACUCGUUUAUUUCACCGGCGCCUGAACGUGUGGGAGGAUUCACUGCGUCAGCUGAUCCGCCCGGACGCCAGACAGGUCACAGCAUGGAGAAAUUACUGGCCAGCUCUGAGUGUGGGCAGGGAUUAAACCAAUCUUCCCACCUGUUGACCCGACAGCAAGUUCACACUGUGGAGAAACCGUUUACCUGUCCCGAUUGUGGGAAGGGAUUCACUCAAUCGUACCAACUGAAGAGGCACCAGCGAAUUCACACCGGGGUGAGGCCGCUCACUUGCUCUGAGUGUGGGAAGGGAUUCUUUCGUUUAUCGGCGUUGCAGGUACAUCGGAGAAUUCACACGGGGGAGAGGCCAUUCGUCUGCUCGGAGUGCGGGAAGGGAUUCACUCGUUCAUUCUCAUUGCUGAAACACCAGAGAAUUCACACCAGGGAGAGGCCGUAUGUCUGCUCGGAGUGCGGGAAGGGAUUCAGCCAAGCUUCCCUGCUGGUGUCCCACCGGCAAGUUCACGCUGUGCAGAAACCAUUUCCCUGUCCCGAUUGUGGGAAGGGAUUUGCUGAAGCAGACGGCCUGAGGAGGCACCAGCAAAUCCACACCGGGGAGAGGCCGUUUGUCUGCUUUGUGUGUGGAAAGGGAUUCGCUCGUUCGUUUUCAUUGUUGAUGCACCAGCGGAUUCACACUGGCGAGAGGCCGUUCAUCUGCUCCGAGUGUGGGAAGGGGUUCAACCAAGCUUCCCACCUGGUGACUCACCAGCAACUUCACGCUGCAAAGAAACCAUUUCCCUGUCCCGAUUGUGGGAAGGGAUUCACACAGGCAGACAGCCUGAAGAAGCACCAGCUUAUUCACACCAAGGAGAGGCCGCUCACCUGCUCCGAGUGUGGGAAGGGUUUUUUUCGUUCAUCUGCGUUACGGAUACACCGGAGGAUUCACACCGGGGAGAGGCCCUUUGUCUGCUCCCAGUGUGGGAAGGGAUUCAGCCAAUCUUCCCACCUGAAGAGACACCAGCAAGUUCACGCUGUGGUGAAACCAUUUACCUGUCCCGAUUGUGGGAAGGGAUUCUCUCGAGCGAGCCAGCUAAAGUGGCACCAGCAGAUUCACACCGGGCAGAGGCUGCCAACAUGUCCGCGAGUUCAGACCGGCGAGAGGCCGUUUACCUGCUCCGAGUGUGGGAAGACAUUCACACAUUCUCGCAACCUGAGGAAUCACGAGCGGGUUCACGCUGCAGAGAAGCCGCUUGCAUGUCCAGAUUGUGGGAAGGGGUUCACUCAAUCGUGCCAACUGAAGAGGCACCAACAUAUUCACACAGGGGAGAGGCCGUUCACUUGCUCUGAGUGUGGGAAGGGAUUCAUUGGAUCAUCUCAGUUGCUGAUACACCAGCGAAUUCACACGGGGGAGAAGCCGUUUGUUUGCCCUGAGUGUGGGAAGAGAUUCAUUGAAUCAUCUGCAUUACAGAUACACCAGCGAAUUCACACCGGAGAGAGGCCGUUCACCUGCUCUGAAUGUGGGAAGAGAUUUACUCGUUUUUCUGUCAUGAGAACACACCAGAGAAUUCACACCGGGGAGAGGCCGUUCACCUGUGCUGAGUGUGGGAAGGGAUUCAAUCAAUCGUAUCUGUUGGUGACACACCAGAGAAUUCACACCGGGGAGAGGCCGUUCACUUGCACUGAGUGUGGGAAGGGAUUCGCUCAUUCAUCUACGUUAGCAAGACACCAGAGUAUUCACACUGGGCAGAGGCCAUUCAGCUGCUCUGAGUGUGGGAAGGGCUUUGCUCACUUUGAUCAGCUGAGAGCCCACCAGCGAGUGCACACUGGGGAGAAACCAUUUGCCUGUCCCGAAUGUGGCAAGGGAUUCACUCAAGCCGGCAAUCUGAAGAAGCACCGGCAAAGACACACCGGGGAGAGGUCGUCAACCGGUUUUGGGUGUGCGGAGGGGCUCAGCGAGCCGCCCGCGACGGUAGAAAUCACGGUGAGGCGUGGCCGAAUCCCACGGAACCGGGAACCCGCCUGGAGAGGGAGCUCGCGCCGUGCGCCGCACCAGGGCUGCGCCACAGCGGACCCGGGCUCUGACGUGGAGACGAACUCGCCCUAUGUUGCAGGCGAUACCAAGGCGCGCAUGCGCGGAGAGCCCCCAAGCCGCGCAUGCGGACAGGAGACUCCGGAGGGUCGGCGGCGGGUAGGAGCGGGGAUCCGGGCGCGGGAUCAGGCAACACCGAGGCCCCGGCCUGAGGAGCGGCCCCCGGCUGCGGGGAGAAUCGGUGCGGCCCUCGGGGACACGGUGGCCCGUCACCUGGGGACGAACAAGCAGAAGAAGAUUUGUGUUGGGGAAUCUCAAACUCAACCCAUCAGAUCCGCAGUGUCGUUCAGUUCACCAGCACCUUGCGAGGGAUUCACUGAGCUGACGAGACGCCGGGGAGUUGACAGCAUGGAGACAUUAUCCACCAGCUCUGAGUGUGAGCAGGGGUCCACUCAAUCUCCCCACCUGGUGACCCACCAGCAAGAUCACGCUCUGGGGAAACCAUUUGUCUGUCCCGAUUGUGGGAAGGGAUUCGCUCAUGCAAACCAGUUGAAGAGGCACCAGCUAAUUCACACAGAGGAGAGGCCGUUCUCCUGCUCCGAGUGUGGGAAGGGAUUCACUCAAUCUUAUACGUUACUGAGACACCAGAGAAUUCACACCGGGGAGAGGCCGUUCACCUGCACUGAGUGUGGGAAGGGGUUCAUUGACUCAUACACAUUGCAGACGCACCAGAGAAUUCACACUGGGGAGAGCCCGUUCACCUGCUCUGUGUGUGGGAAGAGAUUCAAUCAUAACUUUGCAUUAGUGGCACACCAGAGAAUUCACACUGAGGGGAGGUCGUUCAUCUGCUCCGAGUGUGGGAAGGGAUUCAUUGACUCGAACACAUUGCAGAAACACCAGAGAAUUCACACUGGGGAGCGGCCGUUCACCUGUUCCGUGUGCGGGAAGGGGUUUGUUCAGUCCUUUGUGUUAUUGGCGCACCAGAGAAUUCACACCGGAGAGAGGCCGUUCACCUGCACUGAGUGUGGGAAGGGAUUCAUUCGUUCAUCUGCGUUACUGAGACACCGCAGAAUUCACACCGGGGAGAGGCCGUUCACCUGCUCCGAGUGCGGGAAGGGGUUCAGUGACUCGUUUGCAUUGCUGUCACACCAGAGAACUCACACUGGGGAGAGGCCGUUCAUCUGUUCUGAUUGUGGCAAGGCAUUCGCUCAUCUGUGCAGCUUAAAAACACAUCAGCGAAUUCACACCAGCGCGAAGCCCUUCAUCUGCUCCGGGUGUGGGAAGGGAUUCGCACAAUAUUCCUACCUGAUGACCCACCAGCGAGUACACGCCGUGGAGAAACCAGUUGCCUCUCCCAACUGUGGGUAGAGUUUCACUGGUAAAUCUAACCUGGUGACCCAGCAGAGAAUUCACACUGGGGGAGAGGCCACUCACCUGUUUAGUGUGUGGGAAGGGAUUCACUUGAUUAUCUGAGCUGUUGACACCAGCUCGUUCACGCUGGGUGGGGGCGCGGGCAUUUGAAGUGAGUUUUUGGUUCACUGUUUAACCAUCACGGUUGCUGAGUCCAGUUGCAAGUCCACAAGCGACUGCUGGUGUUGGACUGUGCGGGUACUGCUGAUGUUCAUCACACCCAGGACUGAACCUUGGUCGCUGGACACAGUUGGGGUUUGUUCCGAUGUUGUUAGUAAUUCCUAUAAGUGGUCGGGAAUUUAAUAUCUUGGAUCACUUGAACCUACAAGGUUAAUUCCCGGGAUGGCGGGACUGUCAUUUGCUGAGAGAAUAUCAGGCUAUUAAACACAACAAAUAGGCUCUGAGCUCUGAGCAGCAAAAGACUAUUAUUAUUUGUUAUUUGCACUAUAUUUGUUAUUUAUUGAACUUUUCCUGUUAUAUACAAUGUUUACAUAUUCACAUAUUCUGUUGUGCUGCAGCGAGUAAGAAUUUAAUUGUUCCGUCCGAGACAUAUGACAAUAAAACACUCUUGACGCUUGAGUCUGU